AUGACCCGCGGUAACCAGUGCGAGCUCGCCCGCCAGAAGAAUAUGAAAAAGCAGAGCGACUCCGUUAAAGGAAAGCGUCGAGAUGACGAUGACGGGCUAUCUGCUGCCGCCCACAAGCAAGGGACUCGGAGAUCAUGCAGCAGAAGCAGAAAGCAAACGAGAAGGAGGAACCCAAGUAGCAUUUUGGCUUCGUGUCCAACCCUCUUGCCCUUCACCUGUGUGCCUGGAGCCAGUCCCACCAUGCUCGCGUUUCCUCCUGUAGUGCUAACAGGUCCCAGCACCGAUGGCAUUCCCUUUGCCCUGAGUCUGCAGUCGGUCCCUUUUGUGCUUCCUUCCCCUCAGGUAGCCUCUCCCGCCCUGGGCAACUCUCGGGGGGUUGUUUAUGUCUACUACAUCUGUGUGGAGAAAUACUGUAUAGUUGUGUCCUACAGCUCAUCUCAAUCUCAUCCUUUGUCUGAUACCAGUGACUUUAUGUUGAAAGCUUUAAUUUAUCACUGGCAGUUUGACAGGACUCUCAGUUCUUCACCAGGUAUCCUGCUUGUGGGUUCUUUGAGUGCCCAUGGCAGCUGGCUUCUUACAAAACAAGUGGUGAAAGAGAGAAGAGAACAUGCCUUCAAGUCAAUAGUCCCUGGAGACUCUGUGCUGGUACAUGUCUGUGUCAUCUUUGUGUUUGAACUGAGGCAUUUCCUGCUGCCACCCCUAAGUGUACAAAAUCCACUACUAAUGUGCCUGCCAGCAGAAAGUCAUGGAAUGCUUGACCUGGAAAUGAGACUUAAUGUGAUUACGAAUGAGGGAAACAGAAAAUCAACAGUGGGAACUGCUUACCAGUCAGGACUGUUGCAUCUUGUCAUUGCUAUGAUUUUGAAGGAUAACAACAAAAUGACCAAAGCUGUUAAAAGCAAACUGUUGAAACCAAUUAGAUGA